AUGGACCCGUAUCAAGAUACGAAUGCUUUUCAUGAUUUUAUCAAGAAAUCACUUCACGUGGAUUUUACAAGAACUCAAUGGAUGGACAAGAUUAGGAGAUUGAAGAAGAAGUAUGAGAACAAUCUUGGCAGAGGGAAUAAAGGUGAAGAUAGGAAUGUUUCGAAGCUCCAUGAACGACACGCUUAUGAUUUGUCUAAAAAGCUAUGGGGCAAUGGAAGUACUAAUGGUGUCCUUGAAUCGAAAGAGAGUACUGAGUCCUUAGCUCUUUUCAAAGCUGAGUUGAAUGAUGGAGCUAAGGAAGGGGAGAAGAUGGAUAUUGAUAAUGAUAAGAGAGGGAGCCUGAGCAGUGAAAAAGAGAUGCUUUUGUUUGAUAAGAGUGUUGGGAUGGCUGGUUUGGAGGAGUUUGUAAUCAGCCAAGUUUUACAUAUGAUUGGAAGGCAGGUGGAAGAAGCUGCAGAUUGCUCAGUUGCAGUUGUUUGUGGAGUGGAAUGA